UCCUGACAAGUUGUGGUGCACCUGAGCACUGUAUACAAUAAUUUCAUUAUUAUUAUUAUUAUUAUUAUUUUUAAGAUGCUAUACACAAAACACUGUUCGGGGAUAAAUCGCUACAGUUCUCUACAUCACUUUUUGAAAUGUUUACAUGGUGGCCAGAUGAUAUUAUCUUCUUAUUAAACAUGGAUAACAAAUGAGUUUGCAGAAUCUCCAGAUAGCAGUUAUUCAACGAACACAGUUAUUCAAUAGAGGGAUAAAUUAUUGUGAGAGCAGCAUAAUUAUGGAAAAUAAAUUGUGUGAGGAUAAAGUUGAAUCUAAAACACAAUCUAAAACGAUUGAUUCUCCAAAAGAUAUAAAGAAACAAGCAGGUAAAACAUCAUACCUGUGUGAUGUCUGUAAGAAGAUAUUUUCUCAAAAAAGUAGCCUUAUUAGACACAAACGCAUUCAUACAGGAGACACACCAUAUCGCUGUGACAUCUGUGAUAAAUCAUACACUCAGAAGCAAGCCUUAACUACUCACAAAUAUAUUCAUACUGGUGAGAAGCCUUAUCAUUGCAACACUUGUGGUAAAUCAUUCUGUCAACCUGACCGCUUAACUGCACACAAACGUAUUCAUACAGGAGAGAAGCCAUAUCAUUGUGAUAUUUGUGGUAAAUCAUUCUCUAGACAAAGUGAUUUAACUAAACACAAUCGCAUUCAUACAGGAGAAAAGCUGUAUCAUUGUAACAUCUGUGGUAAUUCAUUCUCUCAGAGACAUGUCUUAGUCACUCACAAGUAUAUUCAUACAGGUGAGAAGCCAUAUCACUGUGAUAUCUGUGGUAACUCAUUCUCCCGAAGUCAUCGCUUGACGGAACACAUACGUACUCAUACAGGUGAGAAACCAUAUCACUGUGUUACCUGUGGUAAAUCAUUCUCACAAAAUGGUGACUUGACCAAACACAAUCGUGUUCAUACAGGAGAAAAACCAUAUCGUUGUGAUAUCUGUGGUGAAUCAUUCACUCGGAAAGAAAGUUUAACUACGCACAACCGUAUUCAUACGGGAGAAAAGCCGUAUCGGUGCGAUUUCUGUGGUAAAUCAUUCUCUUAUAAAGUUACCUUGAAUAGACACAAAUGUUUCCAUACAGAAAAGUGACUAUCAAUGUCAAAAUAUUUUUUCUAUCAAAUAAAGUUCUCCAUGUUUGUCAUUCAAAUU